AUGGCACCACCUCCAAAUAUCGCUCUUUUACAAAAACCUCACAAGACAGACCCAUCGAAAGAGCCCAAGAUGGUUGCUGAUGUCGUUUCAUCCCAACCACCUCCAGAUCCAGCUGCUGCAAUUGCCGAAGAAAGAUCUCGUACCAAUUGGGACCUUAAGGAAAUGCAUGAAUUUUUAGAAGGUGGAGAAACUAAAUCAAAUUUGAUUUUACGUCUUUAUCAAUCCAUUGAACGUGAUCCAAUUUUACAAACUCGUCCUGAACAAUUUGAUUACAAUCAAGAAGAAGAACGUGUUUUGGUUACCAGAAGAAUUAAUCAAAUGACAAAAUACCUCGAAACUGAACCAUAUGCUAGAUUUAGAAGAAGAUUACAAUUGAUGACAAUUAUUGAUCCUUCUUUAGGUAUUAGAAUGUUGGUCAAUUUAGGUUUGUUCUUGAAUUGUAUCAAAGGUAAUGGUACCGACAAGCAAUUCAAUUAUUGGAUUAAUUCUAAGGAAGGUGGUAUUGCCAAGACCUUGUAUGGUUGUUUUGGUAUGACUGAAUUAGGUCACGGUUCAAAUGUUGCUGGAUGUGAAACUACUGCCACUUUUGACCCAGAAACUGAUUCCUUCAUUAUUGAUACUCCUCAUAUUGGUGCUACUAAGUGGUGGAUUGGUGGUGCUGCAUAUUCAGCAACUCAUACUGUCUGUUAUGCUAGAUUGAUUGUUAAGGAUGUCGAUUAUGGUGUCAAGACUUUUAUUGUUCCAUUAAGAGACUCUCAACAUAACUUGUUACCAGGUAUUGCCAUUGGUGAUAUUGGUGCUAAAUUGGGUAGACAAGGUGUUGAUAAUGGUUGGAUUCAAUUCACUGAAGUCAGAAUUCCACGUUUCUUUAUGUUACAAAGAUGGUGUAAGGUUGAUAAACAAGGUAAUGUGACCACUCCUCCAUUGGAACAAUUAUCUUAUAUUUCACUUUUAGAUGGUAGAGUUGGAAUGGCUGCUGAUUCUUAUAGAAUUGGUGCCAGAUUUACUACUAUUGCCUUGAGAUAUGCCAUUGGUAGAAGACAAUUUAAACAAGAAGGUGCAAAGGAAGAAUCGAAAUUAUUAGAUUAUACCUUACAUCAAAGAAGAUUGUUACCUUAUUUGGCUUUAACUUAUGCUGCUGCUGUAGGUACUGACAGAUUGGAACAUCAACAUGAAGAUCUUUUAGCCGACAUGGAUAAUGCACUUGCCAAGAAGGAUAAAUUAUUAUUGAAGAAGACUCUUCGUGAUACCAAAGCCAUGUUUGUUGAUUCUGGUUCUUUGAAAUCUACUUUGACUUGGUUGGCUGCUGAUUUGAUUAAUGAAUGUAGACAAUCUUGUGGUGGUCAUGGCUAUUCUUCUUAUAAUGCUUUCGGUAAGACUUAUGGAGAUUGGGUUGUUCAAUGUACUUGGGAAGGAGACAAUAAUGUCUUGGGUAUGUCUGCUGGUAAGACUAUUAUCAAGACUGUUCAACAAGUCUUAAUGGGUAAGAAGGUCAAGGAUUCUACGUUGGAAUUCCUUAAUGAUGCACCAACUUAUCAAAAGGCCAAGAAACCAGUUCUUAGAAAUGCUGCUCAUGUUGAUGAUAUCGACCGUGUUUUGAAGGCUAUUGCUUCACUUAUUUGUAAGACGGCUAGUGAUUUGAUUCCUAUUUCUUAUCAAUCUUGGGAUUCUAUUGGUCCUCAAAGAGUUAUCUUGUCUAAAUUGAGAUGUCAUUACUAUUUGCUUGAAACUUUCAGAGACAGAUUAGAACAACAAGUUGGUGCUAAUUCUAAAAUGAGACCUCAAUUGGAAGCAAUUGGUAGAUUGUAUUAUGUUACUCAAAUUUUGGGUGCUUUUGUUGACGAAUUCUUGAAAUAUGGUGUCAUUACUCCUGAAGUUGCUAAGCACAUCACUGUUGAAUACCCACAAGUUUUGUGUCAACAAAUUAGACCAUUUGCUGUUGGUUUAACUGAUUCAUUCCAACAACCUGAUAAUAUCAUCAAUUCAUUGAUUGGUAAGUAUGAUGGUAAUAUUUACAGCAAUUACUUGAAUACAGUCAAGGAUAUCAAUUUCUCUCCAGCUAAUGUUAAGGCUCCAUACUCUGAAGCUUUGGAAGACAUGUUGAAUAGAGCUUCAAUUGAAGAAAGAGAAAGAUUUGAAAGAUCAGCUAAAGCUGCUUCUAUAUUAUCUAAAUAA